AAGUAGUCCUUGUUUUGUUUUGAUAAAUUUUGAUUUUUGAUUUUUUUCUUCUUCCACAAUCAUGCCGAAAUGCUAGAAUAGGAGAAUAAAUCAGGACGAAAGUGUGAAACAAAUGCAUCCUGAUUCAUGAGCAAUUUGAAAAGAUGUCAUUUUUAUCGUGUAUUAAUAACUUGCAACAUGUAGCAAAUGUUUUACGCUAUUCAUCUUGUUGGAUUGCAGAGAGACAGUAUGCGAAAACGAUUUUGGGGGCCCUAACUGGCAAAGCAAAAAUUCUCGGGGUUGGCUUUGACAAGAAAAAGCGUCUUCCGGUUGAGACAGAUCCAGAUAAACUCGUCAAUUACUGUUGUGGAAGCAACAUUUACAAAGAAGGAGAAGACGCGAAGUUGAAAGAUGACAGCGAAUACCCGGACUGGCUGUGGACCUUGAGACUAGGACCUCCUCCACCCCUUCACGAGUACGACCCCAAUACGAAAGAAUACUGGGAGCGAUAUUUUUUCCUUCAACGAAUCAGAAAGAAGCGACUCCAGAGGGCUAAAAUCAAGACAAAGCUGUUCGUCAAUCAAGAAAACAGAUUGUUCAAGCUGAGGCAGUUACGAUUCAGGGCCUUAGCGCAUCACUACGAUGCUGGGUAUGAUGUGCCUCCUAAAUUUGAUAAAGCAGGAUGGAGAAUAAUUUAGUUGAAGUGUUGUUUGUGAUAAAUAAAAAAUUUAGUUUACCUUGUCA